CCAAACGGAUUAAUCCCCGUGGUAACUACUACUUGAUUGCGUGUAAAACAGUAUCUAAAGUAGAAACCGAGUGGUGCUUCUGCUGCUUGGUAUUCUCCCCCGAAAACCCUAACUUAAUCCCCUUUCUGUCAUGGCCAAACUCAACGACCCGCAAGAACCCGCCACAUUCCCCUCAAAGCGCAAGCCCGAUGAUCCAAUUCCCCAAGAACCCCUCAUCAAAACCCCAAAGCUCUCAACUUUCGACUGCAACAACAACUCAAUCAAUCACCUCACCGAUUCCGAACCUCUCGCCGAGAAGGAGAAAUCAGAAACCGAUGUCGUUCUAGAUAAAGAAGCUGGGAACGGCGACACUAAGCUUCGAAAUGACGUUGUCGACAAUGAUAAGGAACAUGUGGUAGAUGAAGAGGAGUAUGAUGAUGACGACGACGAAGACGAUGAGGAUGAUAAUGUGGAGGCUGAGGUGGACCGGAAGGGAAAGGGGGUUUUGCGUGACGACAAGGGCAAAGGGAAAUUGAUAGUAGAAGAAGAAGAUGAUGACGACGACGACGAUGAUGAUGACAGUGAUGAUGAUUCGGACGUAGACGGCAUUUCCGGUGAUGACAGUGAUUUUUCCGAUGAUCCGCUUGCGGAGGUUGAUUUGAAUAACAUUCUUCCGUCAAGGACUCGGCGGCGGACGUUUCAACCUGGAUUGCACAUUCCCAGUAAACCCGUUGAUUUUACCGCUGCUGCUGAUGAUGACGAUGAUGACGACAGCGACGCAUGAAGCUUGGCAGAAUCCUGUCCAUUCGACAAAGGUAUGCAAAGAAGAAGAUUUGCCCAAGUUUGUGGAACUUUGUUGAUUUUGACAAUGCGUUGGCAUGGCUUCUGCACCAGGGUAUGUUUUAUUUUUGAGAUGGAGUGGGGCCACACCCCUAAAAAAUUAUUGGUUUUAUGUUCAGUAUAUAACAAAAUGUUAGCAUUUUGCAAGACCUGACACAUUUUCAAUGCCAUUUUACCUCUAAUAUAUAAAACAUCAAAAGUUAGUAGCGUUAACGAA